AUGGCAGUUGCACGUCAAUCUGUUAUUUCCUUUCCUUUUUUCUUUAUUCCUGAAUUUCAUAUCCCCGAUGGUCAUGGUGGUUUGUGUGGCCGAUGCUUGCUGUGGUUAGACCCCUCCAUUAAGGGACGCCAACCCUGCUUAUUGUCUAGGUUGGACCGCUCCAUUAGGGGGUGCCAACCCUGUUUACUAUCCAGUGUUUAUGUUGAAAUAAUUAGAGGUGGGCGAGAAUCGGUUUGGUUCGGUUCGGCGGCACCACCUCCUUCCUCAUUGCAUGGCUUGCAAGUUUCAAACUCAUUCUCUUUGCCUUCUGUAAAGGCCCUUUAUACACGAAUUCUCCGAUCCCGUUUCAUUCCGUUAGCCUGUUUGCCUAUCAAAUUUUCUGCAGAAACUGAAAGUGUUUCAUCUGAAGAAACGAAAAAGAAAACCCAGAAAUCUCCUAUGAAUUAUGUUACCAAAUUAAUACUUUUGGCUACUCUAAUACGUGUAUAUGAUUAUAAAAUGUAUAUUCAUCCUUAUAUGAUUUUGUUUUGCUAUUGCCUUCAUAUUUACUUCGCGCUGGAGAUGUUACUAGCCAUGGUUGCUACAGUGACUAGAGUCCUGAUCCGGGUUGAGCUCGAGCCGCAAUUUGAUGAGCCUUAUCUGGCUACAUCCCUGCAAGAUUUUUGGGGAAGGAGGUGGAAUCUUAUGGUAUCAAAUAUCUUGCGUCCCACUGUAUAUGAUCCUGUUCUGUCAAUUUCCAGGCAAGUAAUAGCAAGAAAAUGGGCGGCGCUUCCACCAGUUUUGGCUACAUUUUUGGUGUCUGGUUUGAUGCAUGAACUGGUUUUCUAUAACAUUGGAAGAUUGAAACCAACUGGAGAGGUAAUGUGCUUCUUCCUGCUUCAUGGAGUGUCAUUGGCUAUGGAAAUUGGCAUAAAGAAACUGUUGAAGGCCAGAUUUACCCUGCCUAGGAUUGUGUCAGGGCCGUUGACGCUGGCUUUUGUGAUAACAACCAGUUUCUGGUUGUUCUUUCCGCCAUUCCUGAGGGGCAAGGCAGACUUUAAAGGGUGUACAGAGUCUAUUGCAUUCAUCGAGUUUGUGAAGAAUCAUCAACUGAUUCUCGAUUCAUUGUUCAACGGUGUAGUAACUGCCGUUAAUGUAAUGAAUAGUGACUCAAGGGAUCCACUGCAAUUAUUAGCGUCAGCGUUGGAGUUAAUUAGAGAGUAUUAUCGCUUGAUUACUAGAAAUAUAUGA